AUGUUUUUCUCACAAUUGCCCGCCCAUCUCGCCAAGGCAGAGGAGCUUAAGCAGCCCCCGCCAAAGGGCACCCCGUACUCUGUCGGCAUUCCUGGCACCGAGCAGGAAGGUCGCAGCCGGGUUUACCGGGCUUGGAACUACCAGAAGGAACUCCUGAAGACUCUUGACCCUCAGGUCCUCACUGCCCAUGACAUGUUCGAGUCCACGGCCAACCGUCAACCUAAGAACCACUGCCUCGGCUGGCGCGCAUACAACCCGACCACUAAGACCUAUGAUCAAUAUCAAUGGCUUACAUACGAGCAGGUGCAGAAGCGCCGGGCGGAUUUCGGUGCCGGUCUGGUCGAGCUCCACCAGAAGCACAACGUGCACCGUGACGGCCAGUACGGUAUUGGUCUCUGGUGUCAAAACCGUCCCGAGUGGCAGAUCACCGAUCUGGCCUGCAUGUUCCAAGGCCUCUACUCAGUCUCCAUCUACGACGUCCUAGCUCCAGAUGCUACCGAGUAUAUCAUUAACCACGCUGAACUCAGCUGUGUCGUCACCUCCCUUCCUCACAUCCCAACUCUCCUUAAGCUGAAGGCAUCCAUGCCUGGUCUGAAGAUGAUUGUCUGUCUUGACCCGCUCGACGCCGGCGAGCAAGACGGCCACUCGAAGCGCGCUCUGCUCAACUCCGUCGCUGCCGGACUGGAUGUUUCCAUCUACACCAUCAGCGAGAACGCUGUCGCUGCUACCUCCGCCGGUCUGAUCACUAUCGGCCAGGCUCGGGGUGACACCAUGUGCUCCUACCUGCCCCUAGCUCACAUCUACGCCCGUCUUGCCGAGCACACUGCCUUCUGGGGUGGUGCUCGCAUUGGCUACUUCCACGGCAACAUCAUGGAGCUAGUCGACGAUCUGAAGCUCCUCAAGCCAACCGGCUUCAUGUCCGUCCCCCGUCUGUACAGCCGCUUCGGCACAGCAGUUCGCGCCGCCACCGUCGAGCAACCUGGUUUCAAGGGCGCACUAUCCCGCCACAUCGUCGCAACCAAGACAGCCAACCUCAAGAACCCCGACCCCUCCAAGGCCACAAUCCACCACGCUCUUUACGACCGUAUCUGGGCCAAGAAGGUUGCUUCCGCCCUCGGUCUCGAGCGAGCCAGAUAUAUGGUAUCUGGCUCCGCUCCCCUGGAUCCCACCCUACACAACUUCCUGCGCGUCUCAACAGGCACCGACGUCCUACAGGGCUACGGUCUAACCGAGUCGUACGCCUGCGGCACCGCCCAAUCAAGCGACGACCUAACAUCCGGCAACUGCGGCCGUCUAGCCCCCUGCGUCGAAGCCUGCCUCGUCUCCCUCCCCGACAUGGAGUACUCCGUCAACGACAAGCCCUACCCACGCGGCGAACUCCUCAUGCGCGGCAACAACAUGUUCACCGAAUAUUUCAAGAACCCCGAAGAAACCUCCAAAGCAAUGACAGAAGACGGCUGGUUCCGCACCGGCGACGUAUGCCAAAUUGACGAAAUGGGCCGCUUCAUCAUCAUCGACCGCCGCAAGAACGUGCUCAAGCUCGCGCAGGGUGAAUACAUCUCCCCCGAGCGAUUGGAGGGUGUAAUUCUUUCCGAGUUGGGCUAUUUCGCUCAGGCUUAUGUGCACGGUGAUAGUGUGCAGACGUUCUUGGUUGGUAUCUUUGGCAUUGCACCGGAUAUGUAUGCCCCCUUUGCUUCGAAGGUUCUUGGUAAGACGAUUGAUCAGUCGGAUUUGGAGGGUAUUAAGGCUAGUCUUUCGGAUGAGAAGAUUCGGAGGGCUGUGCUCAAGGAUCUGGAGCGUGUUGCUAAGAAGCAUAAACUUGCUGGUUAUGAGCGCGUUAAGAAUGUUUCGUUGAAGUUGGAGCCUUUUACUGUUGAGAAUAAUCUUCUCACUCCUACUCUCAAGCUCAAGCGUCCUCCCACCGUCAAACUUUACCGCCAACUCCUGGACCAACUCUACGAGAAGGCUCUGGAGGAACAAUCUGCUCCUCGUGCCAAGCUUUAG